AUGGAGUCUAUGCUGUGGAACCGCAUGACGGCCGAGCAGGCCAUGGCGCUCGAAGACGCCACCAAAAACCCCUUUCUGCCCGGCAGCUUGCACUCUGCCGAGUACUUUGCGGACCUCAGCAGGCGCCGCGAACAAUACUCGAUUUGCCGCCCUGAGAACCGUCAGGAAUUUCUCCGGUGCUUCCAGUCGGGAAGAAUCACCAUCGUCGUCGGGGAUACGGGCUGCGGCAAGAUCACACAGCUCGUGCAGUUCAUCCUUUUUGAUGAAUGGAUGCACGACGAAAAGAUUGUUGGCUGUACACAGCCUCGCGGCUCUACUGCAUCCAGCGCAGCAGCUCAGGUUGCCAGCGAGAUGGAGCUUCCUCUCGGCGGCAUCGUUGGAUGCUACACCCAUAGUGGCGAUUGGGAUCGCAGCAGCGGUGACACCCGCCUGAAGUUCUUGACCGACAGCUUCUUGCUUCAGGAGUUUGUAUCUCGCCGCGGCUUCCAUGACUAUGGAUGCAUUGUCAUCGACCAGGCACAUGAGCGAACCCUGGCGACAGAUAUGUUGAUGGGCUUGCUCAAGGAUGCUACCAGGGCUCGUGAUGACUUGAAGGUUGUCAUUGUCUUGGACGUCGAUACCGGCCUCGACAAGUUUACCAAGUUCUUCGGGACCCGCAACGUCUUCCGUGUUGCCGAGCGAGCUAACGCCAUCCAAAUCCGAUACCUGGAGGAGGAAACGCCUGAUGCCUUGACUACCGCCUGCAGCCUUAUGAUCGUCAGGUCUAAGCCCAGAGGGAACAUCCUCUUGUUCCUAACUUCUGACCGAGAUGUCUGGGGCGCCUGUGAGAGGCUCGGCCGGGAUGUCCGCACCCUCAAGACCCUCCCCUUGUCUCAAGUUCCCGCAUCGCCCGAUGCGCUUCAGGAUGACGGAGCCCAGAAGUGUUUCGUCACUACUGGAUUGGCUGAGGUCAGCGUGAAGAUCCCCGAGAUCACCUAUGUGAUCGACAAGGGCAGGUGCAGGCAAUUCAGGUAUAGCCCGCGUGUAGGGAUGUACACUUUGAUGACGGUCCCGAUCCCUAAGCCUACAGCACAGCUACGAGCCGCCCAGAUCAGUCGGAAUCAGCAGGGUGGCAUCUGCUACCGACUUUACACCAAGCAGACCUUCAACUGGAUCUGCCCCCCCAAUAACCAUCUCGCAAUCCACGCCAGCGAGAUGACAAGGGAGAUCUUGAUGCUGAAAAGCUGUGGCUAUCAUGAGAUCUCGAAGUUCAACUUUGUCGACCGCCCUCACACAGAGACGAUUCUGCGAGCUUUGGCUGAGCUCCGCGCUUUGGGCUUCACUGAUAGCGAUACCAACAUCACUCGAAAGGGCGAGAUAGCCGUGUGCUUGCCCACCCCUAUCGAUCCUGCCUGGUAUAACGCGUUCCUUGAGGCGGAGAAGCUCGGGUGCCUGGGCGAAAUUGUCACCAUCGCCUGCUUACUUAGUUCGCAGGAAGAUUUAUUCGUGAGGCCCUAUGAGCAGCGAUACAGUGUUGAUGUCAAGCGGCAGUGCUUCGGUCACAUUGAUUCCGACCACCUGGCUCGACUCAAUGCCUUCCUUGCCUACUUCCACCGCCGAGAUAUCUGUUCCGACGAAGCAGAGUUGUCCAACUGGUGCCAGAGCCAGGGAAUCAACUUGGAGGUUGCCGAGGAGGCCAGGCUCAUGCGAGGCGGACUGAUGCCAGAGGUUUCGCAUGGAAUGCUCUAUGGUGGCCCAGUGCCGACCCUAGAUCCCCGGGACCCGGAUUUCAGUGCAAAGAUUCGCCAAAGCCUGGCAGUUGGCUUCUGCCACAAGACCGCGAUCCUGAGCAGAAGGGGCGAUGACAACUACAAAACGGUUCAUGAGAAUUACCCAGUCGCGCUUGAACCAGACAGCUGCCUCAUCGGCAUGGGGUGGGAGUGGGUGGUUUACCAUCACAUCCGUUUCGCUAGGGUCCAGUAUAUGCACUGCAUCACAGCCAUUGAACCUGAAUGGAUUAUGGAUCACAACCUGGCGCGCAAAUACGACCAAGUUACGCUUAGGAACCCCGAAGUCAAGGCCUCCCUCGACCGGGCCAGAGCCAAGACUGAGUCGGAGUCUGUCUAG